CCGCACAUGCAGGGCUGCCAAGCUGGCGGCAGUGUCUUCUUCCUUCUAGCAGCCAACCCAGGCGCAAGCCAUGGAGCCUCGGGUGGGUUGGGCUCUAGGUGGACACACACAUUUAGCCGAAUAGUGCCUGUCGGGACUCAGGGCAUGGCAGGACCCCUGCGGAGCCGAGUGGAGGAGCUGAAGCGGCCCUGGUGGAGAGAGAGCUCACCCCUGGUGCUCCAGCACAGCGAGGCCGCAAGACUGGCAGCAGACGCCCUCCUGGAACGGGGCGAGGCUGCCUACCUUCAGGUCAUCUCUGAGGAGCGGGAGCUGCCCUUCCUGAGUGCCCUGGAUGUAGACUACAUGAUCAGCCAUGUGCGUGGGGUUCCCGAGCUCAUCGAGGGCCAGGGGUCAGAGACCUUAGGCCAAGACCGCCUCAGCAUGCUCUCUGAAGUCACCUCAGGCACCUACUUCCCCAUGGCCUCUGACUUAGCCCCCCCAGACCUGGACCUGGGCUGGCCCGAAGUGCCACAGGCCACAGGUUUCAGCCCCACUCAGGCGGUGGUUCAUUUUCAAAGGGACAAGGGCAAGAGCAUCAAGGACCUGCUGCGAUUCCUCUUCAGCCGGGCCCAAACGGUGGUGGCUGUGGUGAUGGACGUUUUCACAGACAUGGAGCUUCUGUGUGACCUGAUGGAGGCCUCCAGCCGACGUGGCGUCCCUGUCUACCUCCUUCUGGCUCAGGAACACCUUAAGCACUUUCUGGAGAUGUGUUAUAAGAUGGACCUCAAUGGCGGCCACCUAGUGAAUAUGCGUGUGAGGAGCACAUGUGGAGACACGUACUGCAGCAAGGCAGGCCGACGGUUCACCGGCCAGGCCCUGGAGAAGUUUGUCAUCAUUGACUGUGAACAGGUGGUGGCAGGCAGUUACAGCUUCACUUGGCUUUGCAGCCAGGCCCACACCAGCAUGGUGCUGCAACUUCGGGGCCACAUUGUGGAAGACUUUGAUCGGGAGUUCCGAUGUCUGUAUGCUGAGUCACAGCCUGUGGAGGGCUUCUGUGGCAAUGAGGAUCCACUGAUUCCCCAGGUACCUCGUCCUCCCCCUGUGACUCUGGCCUUUGGACCCGGAAUUCCGAGCGCCACAGGCUCCUCACCCUCCAGUAACAGCCUCAGCAGCAUCAAACACUCACCACUUCUGGCCCGUUCUUCUUAUCUCGCUCUUCCUGGUGGUGGCCUCGGCGACAUGGGUAUGGGGUCCUCAUCCCCAGGUCCUGCCCACCAUGAAGCUGGUGGCCAGCCAUCCCUGUACCGUCAGCUUUCAGAUCCCAACCAUAUCUCCUCUCCUGGACCCUAUAGGGCCAACCUAAGCAAGCUGGGGGCAUCCCCGUGGUCCCAGUCCUCGCCCGCCCUCAACCACAGCAGUACCAGUCCCUUGACCCUGGCAGUGGGGUCACCUCUGCUCCCAAGUUCCCGCCCUCUCUUCCACUUUACAAGGGGGGUCCCAACACUGUCCCGGCUUCCAGAGAAUGGGCUCCCAGCGAGUCAAGACCCUAGCCUUCCACGAGGCCGUUGGGUACCUGGCACAGCGCUGGAGACAGUGGAAGAGAGGAAAGUCUCCCUGAGUCAAAGCCAUGACCACCUGGAUCACCUCAUCCCCUUCCCCAAAGCAGGAGAAGCAGGAGGCCCCAACUCUAGAGUUACCCCUAAUUCAGGUUCCCUUCAGCAUGGUGAGCAGACUCUAGAUGAUAGGAGAUUGUCCCUGAGUCACAGCUACAGCCAGCUGGAUCUCUUGUCCCAGGGUCAGGGUGCUCCUGAGUCAGGUUCCCUCAGACCUGGCGAGCUGAGCCUAGAGGACAGGAAGCUGUCUCUAAACCAUAGCCAUGGCCAAUUGGACCUCCUGCCACAGAACCCCAAGCCCCAGGCCUCUAAAAUACUCCCUGAUGCCCAUUCUUCAGCCAGGCCUGGCAAGCCAAGUCUAGAUGACCGACGGCAGACCCUAGGUCACAGCCAAUUGGACCUCAUUACCAAGUUUGGCCCAUUCAGGAGUGAGGGACCUGGACCCAAUUGUCCCCCAGAACCAAGCCCAGUUCACAUGGCUGGAGUAGGCUCUGCAGAUGAGAAGCGACUGACCCUGGGCCACAGCAAACUGGACCUCAUCACCAAGUAUCAUCAACUGCAGGGAGCCAGGCAGAAACCUGAGCCAGGCAUCCCAGGAGCUCCCACAAGUGGCCAUCAAAAUGGUAGUAGUAAUGACCUGUUCGCACCUGAGAAGCGUCUGACCUUGGGCCACAGCAAACUGGACCUCAUCACUAAAUACAACAAGUCCAAAUUCAAGCAGCUCCGAAGUCGCUUUGAGUCCUAGCUCUGCUCCUUGCAGGGACAGAUCCUCCCUCCAUCCAGAGUCGACAUGCUCAGGUUUAAGACUGGAGUGUGACAGUAUGAAGCUGAGGUGCUGCAUAAAGAAGGGGGGCAUCUAGCAGCCCAGGACAGAUACUCCCCGGUCUCAAGACUCUUGCACACACACACACACACACACACACACACACACACACACACACACGCGCGCGCGCGCACACAUGCACACACACAUACACACGCACACGUGUGCUCACAUACACACUCACACACAUCAGAGUUACUGAGUGUUUUCUGUAUGUCAUUGGGGUUGGACACUUCACACCAGUUAUUGUCAUUCUCCAUCUUCUCUAGAUAGACCUCUUGUUGGUAUAUAGAUAUAUUAAGCAUUAUUCUUCCCAUUUUUCAAACACUUUUGAAACCAGAACAUUUCUUUUAUGACUGAUAGAAAAUCCACAAGAUAAAUUGGGAUGCCGUAGCAGCUGCCCUGUUGGGCGUUUGCUCCAUCACAGAAUCCGAGUCUGAAUCUGCGAUAGACAAAUUUAGGUUCCUGACUGCCCAGUCCCUGUAGUGUUUCGUCCCUUAGCCUGGGUGCUCCAGUUAUACUUUUUCUUGCAUUUGGUAGGGCAGCUGCAUUCACCACAGGUCGACUUCUGAGGGUGGUAAGCCUUAGGCAGUGCUAAGGUGUGUGCCUUAUUUUGACGCCUUCCAAAGGAUGACGGUCACUUUUGUCAUCUUGCUUCUGCCACAGAGGCCAAAGAGAACAGAAAAUAUUCUUCCCAUUUUAUAAGAAUGGGAGCUGAAGUCCAGAGCUUGAAUGGUUAGAGGAAGAUCCAAUUAAACGACAGGGUACUGAACUCCCCAGUCCGUUGUCCUCUGGCUCUAAAUCUGUAUUUUUGUUUGCACAGACACAACACAUAAUACCUGCAGUUUCUGUGUUUCUAUGUACAUAAAGUAUAGACAAUACAGCGAUGCUCCAGAUACCCAAACAGUACUCACAGAACAGUAACUGGGUACACCCAUAGAUGCAUAGAGUAAGUACGCAGAGCUCUCUGUGAUGAACUCAAAUAGAACUUGUUGCAGUACAUAAUCAAUGCUGUCUGCCUAAACGAAUGGCCACAGAAAAUUCAAGCUUCUAGUACACACCGCAGAACCCCCUCGAGACUCAGAAACUAUAAAUACACAUAUGACUCUUCAUUCUAACUCAGCUUGCGCCAAGCUGUACUCACAGCCUUGCUCCGAGCAUGCCACAGAACUGAAAGGUUACUGAGAUGCAGAUCCCGAGGGCUGCAGCUUAAAUGCAUAAACCAUGGAGAGCAAGGCAGAGCUGUAUCAGUUGAAAAGAGCACUAGGGACAGAGGGUCAUGGAGAUGGUGGAGCGAUCUGCAAAGUUUAUCAGAGAGAGGCUGACGUUGAGGCUGGUCUUGAAGGAUGGGGAAGGACCUGGUGGAGGAGAGUUAAGAGUUCUUGGUAGAUGGGGGCUGGAGAGAUGGCUCAGCGAUUAAGAGCACUGACUGUCGUUAAGAGCACCGACUGCUCUUCUGAAGGUCCUGAGUUCAAAUCCCAGCAACCACAUGGUGGCUCACAACCAUCCAUAAUGAGAUCUGACUUCCUCUUCUGGAGUGUCUGAAGACAGCUACAGUAU